UGCGUGAAGACUUGAAUGGUGAGGAUGUCCGAAAAUGGUAUGACGGCUAUGUAUAUAAUCCACGUUUUCAAAAUGCUUAUUGGACUAGGAUGAAGUUUAUAACUAAACACCGUAUUAUACCAAAUUUUGAAGUUCGUAUUGACAGGGUGUUAAAUUUGCCAUUUUUCAAUUCUGGACAACGGUCGUAUCAAUCAGAAUACGUUUAUCAUGCCUUUUGCUUGGGAAUGUUCGUUGUUGCUCGUGAUCGAGGCUAUAACGUUGAUUCUAAUCAUGAGGCCGGUAAAGGAAGAUUUGUUAUAAGGAUAGUUCAUAAAUCAGAUGCCGUAAUUGAUAUGGCCAUUGUCAUUGAGUUUAAGGUUGUUGAUGAUAAGGAAAGCUCAGAAAGCGUUAGAUCAAAUUGA